AUGGGGCUUGGUGAAACAAUAAAAGAGGUUAAUAAGGCAACACCUCAAGAUAAGGCUAAAGCCAUGAUUUUUCUUCGCCAUCACCUCCAUGAAGGGCUCAAAAAUGAAUAUUUAACUGUAAAAGACCCACAAAUCCUUUGGAGUAAUCUAAAGGAAAGGUAUGACCACCAAAAAACAGUGAUACUCCCUAGAGCUCGUUAUGAAUGGUUGAAUUUGAGAUUGCAAGAUUUUAAAUCUGUUAGUGAAUAUAACUCAGCUAUGUUUAAAAUAACUUCUCAAUUGAAAUUAUGUGGAGAAAAUAUUACUGAUGCAGAAAUGCUUGAAAAGACAUACUCUACUUUCCAUGCUAAUAAUAUUGUCCUGCAGACACAAUAUAGAGAAAAAGGUUUUAAAAAAUAUUCUGAAUUAAUAUCUUGUCUUCUUGUGGCUGAGCAAAAUAACGAGCUGUUAAUGAAAAAUCAUGAAUCACGUCCUACUGGCUCUACUUCAUUCCCUAAAGCGAAUGUGACAACCCAUAACGGGAAAGAAACUAAAAACAGAGACCAUUCCAGCAGUAAUGGUCGAGGUAAAGGUCGUGGUCGUGGCCAAUGGCGCGGCCGGGGUCGUGGACGUGGAUAUGGUAGAGGUCGUGGAGGUCAUUUCACAAACUCGCAUUCCCACCAGAAGUGGGAAUGA